CAGUUGAAUCAACGAACUUACACACAGUUGACGACGAGAUUUCUCGCGGGAAACUUGCCAUCUAAGCAUCCAUAUUGCUAAAAAAAUUAAAUUGAAAAACAGUAUUUAUUAAAAAGUGAUAUCUGAGUAACUGUUCUAGUGUUUUUUUGUGGAAAGUCUUGUAUAAGAUUAUACAAAACCAAAACAAUAUAUUUCAACCAAUAGCAGCGUUCAGCGCCGACGGUUGCGAGAAUUCUGAUUGGAGAAUAAGAAUUGCUCUGUGGCGCCUCUCCGACCUUAUAAAUAUCGGCGCGAUCACAAACCAGACCUCUUUUCCACAGUGUUAAUUCAAGGGGACUCUUUCGGGUUAUUUUUGUGAGCUAACUCUAAAUUCAGAAUGCCGGAGACCUCAAAAAUGAAUGGAUACGCAAAAACAAACGGACAUAGUUAUGACAUGGAAGAAGGAUCAGUAUUUUUGUUCACAUCAGAAUCCGUCGGCGAGGGCCAUCCAGAUAAAAUGUGCGAUCAAAUUAGUGAUGCUAUCUUAGAUGCACAUUUGAGGCAAGAUCCUGACGCUAAAGUGGCAUGCGAAACCGUAACGAAAACCGGGAUGGUGUUAUUGUGCGGUGAAAUCACUUCCAAAGCCAAUGUUGACUACCAGAAAGUUGUGAGAGAGACAGUGAAGCACAUUGGUUAUGAUGACUCCUCUAAAGGGUUUGAUUACAAGACCUGCUGCGUGAUGCUUGCGUUGGACCAGCAGUCGCCAAACAUUGCCGCUGGCGUGCAUGAAAACAGAAAUGAUGAUGAAGUUGGGGCUGGAGACCAGGGCUUGAUGUUUGGAUAUGCCACAGAUGAGACAGAAGAAUGCAUGCCUCUCACAGUAGUACUUGCACACAGACUAAACCAAAAGAUCGCAGAACUGCGGCGAAACGGUGAAUUCUGGUGGGCUCGUCCAGACUCCAAAACUCAGGUGACAUGCGAGUACGUGUUCGCUGGAGGCGCCACAGUGCCACAGAGAGUUCACACCCUCGUCGUCUCCCUGCAACACUCUGAAAAGAUUACAUUGGAGACCCUGCGUGAAGAGAUCAGAGAGAAGGUCAUCAAGGAAGUGAUCCCUGCACACUACCUCGAUGAGAGAACCGUGAUUCACAUCAACCCUUGUGGUUUGUUCAUCGUUGGAGGACCACAGUCGGACGCUGGUCUGACGGGACGUAAGAUCAUCGUGGACACGUACGGAGGCUGGGGCGCGCACGGAGGCGGUGCCUUCUCAGGCAAAGACUUCACCAAGGUGGACCGCUCCGCCGCCUAUGCCGCGCGCUGGGUUGCCAAGUCGCUGGUCAAGGCCGGACUCUGCCGCCGUUGCAUGGUGCAGGUUGCCUAUGCUAUCGGCGUGGCUGAGCCGCUGUCUAUCACGGUGUUCGACUACGGCACCUCACACAAGACCCAACAGCAACUACUUUCUAUUGUACAAAAGAACUUUGACCUGCGACCGGGCAAGAUUGUCAAGGAAUUGAACCUCAAGGCACCAAUAUAUCAGAAAACCAGUACUUAUGGCCACUUUGGACGAGAAGGCUUUCCAUGGGAGAAUCCCAAACCAUUGGUUGUAGAAUGACUUGCAACUUGAGCAUUAGACCAUUGUAAAUAUUUUCACCAGUAUGUUAUAAACACUUAAACUACGUGUGUAAUUGUAGCGAGGGCGCAGGGAAUGUCGCUGAUGUCUCUCUUUAGACAUUAAUAUGUAUGUGACGAACCUCGCCAGUGGAACUGUGGACGACGCUGUAAAAUCACGUGACGGUUGCAUUUACGAGGUUCUUUCUAUAUUUUAAGUAUUCUCUAGAUUAUUAGACACAUAGGUUUAACAUGGUGCCGUCAUUUCUGAAUUUGAGUUAGUUCAGGGGUUUUAAUGGCAGUCCUAUUUAUUUAAGAUUACAUUUCAGUUUCCUAAACAAAAUUGUUUGCUUUUUACACUGCCUAAUUGUUUUUAUAGUUAAGUAAAUGAACUUUCCAGUGAUAAUGAAGUAUGUAAUAUGAUUUUAUAUUUAUGUACAACUUAAUCUGGGCUGCCUACACUCUCGAAUGUUCUUCAUUGUACGCUUUACGAUGUAAGUGCUAUGAUUUUUGGUAGAGUAGACUACUUCUCUGGUCGCGUCACAGUCGAGCGAGUGCUGGUUGAACGAGCACGGAGCACCCGAUGCCUCGUUCCGCUGUCCUUCGCUUCACUGCAAAUUUAUCAGUGCUGCGAGGAGAAGUUGCCUCGGAUGUUGUUUAAAUUCAAUUUUAGUAAAUAUAAGGCACAUGUAUAUUGAGACAGCUGGUUACUAUCUCACGCGCAGCACAAUUUGUGUUGUGUUUCCGAAAAGGAUUGACGUGGAAAAGAGCCAUUUUGAAAACACACCGACUAGACCAGGGCAGUAGUGCACUGUGCAUUUACUCCUUAAUGUAAUUCCGCCGGUAGUUUUAAUUAGGCGAAAUGCUAACCGUACAUUUGACAUUAGGAAUUAACAUAGUUUUAAACUAUUGCUUAGGACGGUUAGUGAGUAUUUCCGAUUAUAUAUAUUUUUUGAUCUGUUUCAUCUUCGACCUGUUAAAAGUUUCUGAUUAACUUCUGUGGAUUAUCAAUUUGUCAGAUUGUGGAAUUUAAACUUAAUAAAAUUAUGUCUUCCCGAAUAACUAGCGGGAGAAAAA